AUGGGUAUUUUUGAAACCAUACUACGUAUAUCAAUAUUGAUAAAUUUUAUCUAUUUUGGUCUUGUAAACGGCCAAAACUACAAUGUACUCAAAUUUGGUGCUAAAGGAGAUGGUGAAACCGAUGAUUCAAAUGCUUUUAUACAAGCAUGGAACGCUACAUGUGGUGGAGAAGAUAACAUAAAUACACUUCUUAUUCCCUCUGGAAAAACAUAUUUGCUUCAACCUAUUGAGUUCAAAGGCCCUUGUAAAUCUACGUCCAUAAAAAUUCAGUUGGAUGGUAUCAUUGUCGCACCUAGCAACAUCAAAACAUGGUCCAACCCCAAAUCUCAAAUGUGGAUUAGUUUUUCAUCUGUAUUUAGUCUAAUGAUCGAUGGUUCUGGAAAGAUUGAUGGUCGCGGUUCUUCCUUUUGGGAGAUAAAUCUAAACACUUCUGAACGACCUACAGCACUACAUAUUUACAAAUGUGAUAAUCUUACAAUAAACGGGAUAACUUCGAUUGAUAGUCCAAAAACUCAUAUAUCAAUCAAAGGAUGUAAUUAUGCUACAAUAUCGAAAAUAAAUAUUUUGGCACCUGAGAAAAGUCCCAACACAGAUGGGAUUGAUAUAAGUUACUCGACUAAUAUCAAAAUAUCCGACUCUACAAUUCAAACUGGGGAUGAUUGCAUAGCAAUCGACAAUGGAAGUUCUGGUAUUAACAUCACACAAAUUAAUUGUGGACCUGGUCAUGGAAUAAGUGUAGGAAGUCUAGGAGCUGAUGGAACAAAUGCCGAAGUUAGUGAUGUUCAUGUGACUCAUUGUACUUUUAAUGAAACGAUGAAUGGAGCUAGAAUUAAGACAUGGCAGGGUGGACAAGGUUAUGCAAGAAACAUAAGUUUUGAGAAUAUCACACUCAUUAACACAAGAAAUCCAAUUAUCAUUGACCAACAAUAUAUUGAUAAAGGACAUAUUGAUGCCACUAAGGAUUCAGCAGUGGCAAUUGGCAAUGUGAAAUAUAUUGGUUUUCGUGGAACCACAGUGAAUGAGUAUGCUAUAACACUUAAUUGUAGUGCCAUCACACAUUGUAAAGACGUUGUCAUGGAUGAUAUUCAAGUUACAAUGGAAAAUGGAGAAAAAGCUAAAGCUGAAUGUCAAAAUGUUGAAGGAGAAUCUAGUGAUAGUGAUUUGAUGCGCGACUGCUUUAAAAAUAGUAGUACUCUUUAAUUAAGAAUAUUGAUAAAAAAGUUUAUCCACAUUUUUAAUUGUCGUAAAAAAUAUAUUUUUGUUUGUCAACAUUACAGAAUGUCUUGAUGAAUUGUUGUUUGAAAUAUGUUUACCUAAAACAAUCAAUACAGACAAUGUUGAUGAUGCAUUUUACGAGAGAUUUAGGUUUAUAUUAAUUUUAGUUGGCAAAUAAUCUUCUCAAGUUCCGAUUAAAAAUUAUAGCACGC